AUGACGAUAUCCUAUGACGAGGAGUUCUCCUCGUUGAUGCUCCGAUGGAGAGGAUCCAUUUGGAAGGCCGUGUUGAAGGACUUGAUUGGAUUCUAUAUUGCUUAUUAUAUUGUUCUGGCGUUUCAGUGGUAUUUGCUUGAUGAAAAAGGCAAAGAAUAUUUCACCGGAUGGAUUAUGUGGUGUGAAAUUGGUGCCCAGUAUAUUCCACUUUCUUUCUUACUUGGUUUCUUCGUCUCCCUGAUUGUUGCUAGAUGGUGGGAACAAUUCAACUGUAUCUCAUGGCCCGACAAGAUGAUGAUCAUGGUUUCCGCGUGUCUUCCCGGCAACGAGAACAUUGUCGUCCGUCAAACAAUUGCUCGUUGGAGCAGUCUGCAAGCAGCUAUCGCGUGGUCCGGAGUUUCAGUGAAAACGCUGAAAAGAUUCCCGACUGAACGACAUAUGGUGGCGUCGAGAUUGAUGACUGAGGAGGAAUAUGACUUGUAUAUGAAUACGGAUGCUCCUCAUGGAAAAUGGUUUAUUCCUAUUUUGUGGAUUGUGAAUUUGAUUAAGCUGCAGAAGAAGAAAGGUGUCAUUGAUUCGGUGCAAAUGGAUAUGUUGUUGAAACAGGUGUACAGUUACCGUGACGGAUUUGCCAUGCUUUUCGUAUACGACUGGAUCAAGAUUCCACUUGUGUAUACCCAAGUCGUCGCCAUCGCAACCUACGGAUAUUUCUUCAUUUGUCUCAUCGGAAGACAACCAAAACUCGAUCAAAGAAGUAUGGAGAAGGAGAUUACCAUCUUAUUCCCAAUCUUCACCACUUUCCAAAUGCUCUUCUACCUUGGUUGGUUGAAGGUCGGACAGUAUCUCAUGAAUCCAUUUGGAGAGGAUGACGAUGAUUUCGAACUGAACUAUGUACUGGACAGAAACACGGCCAUCGCACAUAUGAUGGCUACCGAGCUCGCCGAUCAACUCCCAUCCAUCGGCGCGCCAAUGGUGCCAGCAGUUCCACAUACCCGCGCUUCAUUCAAAAUUCAAGAUGUGAUACCAAAGAGUCAUCUGGCUGGAUUCAAGUUAUCUGAAGCUGAGAUGAAGUUGAUUAAACCAGAAGAUUUGGAAGAGCACGAGAGACUUCUGGAAGAGACGAAAGUCACGAACAGACAACGAUUGGGAACACUUGUUAGAGCUAUUGAGAAGAAAAGCCGUACAAACGCCACUAUUAACGAGGACGAUGAGUAG